AAGGAAAGUUUUUCAAAAGUUCCUGGAGGUGUUUGAAGACGCACUGCUGCCGGUGCGAGCAGCGGAGUAUUCCAGCUGGAUUUUUAUUGAAAACACGGUUUUAUUUUCUGCGUGAAUGUGAAAGUUUUAAAAUCUACUUUAUGAAGCUCCGUAUCGAAGUUUCUUGGACCUGUUAUCUUUGCGUUAUUCCUUGGAGGAUGUAUUAUUGGUAACACUUCUGAAGAAGAGUUGGAACAGAAUUCCAAAAUGAGGAUUAACAGUAUUUGGAUAUUUUUAUCACUUUUAUGUGUUGUACAACAUAUCGAUGGACUCCGCUGUGUGGAUUCAUACAGACCUUGUGAAAAUGGAGGAAUGUGCAUAAACUCCAAAUGCAUGUGCCGACCAGGCUUCAUUGGAAACCUCUGCCAACACCAGGACCCCUGUCACCGUACGCCGUGCCUCAACCAAGCCGUGUGUAAGAGCCAGGUGGCCAAUGGCAUCCCCCAGUACACCUGCGUGUGCCAGAGAGGAUUCCGAGGCCAAGACUGCUCUCUGAUCGACGCCUGUGCCACCAGCCCCUGCGCCAACGGCGCCCGCUGUGUCAACGCCAACAACCACUACAACUGCUCCUGCCCGCCGGGCUUCCAGGGCAAGAACUGCCGCAACGACGUGGACGAGUGCCGCAAGCCGGGCAAGUGCCUGAACGGCGGCGUGUGCCAGAACACACACGGCUCCUUCUCGUGCCGCUGCCAGCCGGGCUAUAGCGGGCGCACGUGCGAGGUGGUCACGCUGCCCUGCGCGCCCUCGCAGUGCCUCAACGGCGGCACGUGCCACCAGAUCAGCGACCACGCCUACGAGUGCGCCUGUCUGCCGGGCUUUGAAGGCCACAACUGCGAGACCAACGUAGACGACUGCCCUGGACACAAAUGCAUGAACGGGGGCCUAUGUGUUGAUGGGGUCAACACGUAUAACUGUCAGUGUCCCCCAGAAUGGACAGGCCAGUACUGUGCGGAGGACGUGAACGAGUGCCUGAUGCAGCCCAACGCCUGCCACAAUGGCGGCACCUGCUUCAACACCAUCGGCGGCCACACCUGCGUCUGCGUCAACGGCUGGACCGGCGAGGACUGCAGCGAGAACAUCGACGACUGUGCCACCGCCGUCUGCUUCAACGGGGCCACCUGCCACGACCGCGUCGCCUCCUUCUUCUGCGAAUGCCCAGUGGGCAAGACUGGUCUCUUGUGCCACCUGGAUGACGCGUGUGUGAGUAACCCCUGUAACGAGGGCGCGGUGUGUGACACCAACCCCCUGAACGGCCGAGCCAUCUGCACGUGCCCCGCCGGCUUCAUCGGAGGCGCAUGCAACCAGGACAUGGACGAGUGCUCUAUCGGUGCAAAUCCGUGCGAGCACUUUGGCAAGUGUGUGAACACGGAGGGCUCCUUCACAUGCCAGUGCGGCCGCGGCUACACCGGCCCCCGCUGCGAGAUCGACAUCAACGAGUGCCUGUCCAUGCCCUGCCAGAACGACGCCACCUGCCUGGACCGCAUCGGGGAGUUCACCUGCAUCUGCAUGCCAGGCUACUCCGGGACAUACUGCGAGGUGGAUGUGGACGAGUGCGAGAGCAACCCUUGUGUGAACGACGGGAUCUGUUUGGACAACGUCAAUGGAUUCACUUGCAAUUGCCAGCCAGGCUUCACCGGCACGAUGUGUCAAAUCGACAUUGACGAGUGUGCCAGCACGCCGUGCCAGAACGGCGCCAAGUGCCUGGACCGGCCCAACGGAUACGAGUGCCGCUGCGCAGAAGGCUUCGAGGGCCCCCUGUGUGAGAGCAACAUCGACAACUGCCGCCCGGACCCGUGCCACCACGGCACCUGCAUCGACGGCAUCGCCACCUACUCAUGUAACUGCGAGCCGGGCUACACGGGCUACCGCUGCGAGAACCAGCUCAACGAGUGCCACAGCAACCCCUGCCAGAACGGCGGCAAGUGUGUGGACCUGGUCAACAAGUACAUCUGCCAGUGCCAGCACGGCACAUCAGGUAUCAACUGUGAGAUCAACUUUGAUGACUGUGCCAGCGGCCCGUGUGAGUUUGGCAUGUGCAAAGAUGGCAUCAACCGCUAUGACUGUGUCUGCAAGCCUGGCUUCACUGGCCCUAAGUGUAACGUUGAGAUUGACGAGUGUUCGUCUAACCCCUGCCGUAAUGGAGGCACCUGUGUGGAUGAGGAGAAUGGCUUCCAUUGCCAGUGUCCCGAGGGCUUCCACGAGCCAUACUGCUACUCCAAGGUAGACGAGUGCGCCAGCAACCCCUGUGUCAACGGAGCCUGCAGAGAGGACCCCAAUGGCUAUAGGUGUGACUGCGAGCCCGGCUGGGUGGGGAAGAACUGUGACCUGAACCGCAACGACUGCUUGCCCAGCCCCUGCCACAACGCCGGGACCUGCAUCGACCAGCUCAACGGAUUCGUCUGCAAGUGCCGCCAGGGCUUCAAAGGCAACCUGUGCCAGCUGAACAUCAACGAGUGCUCCUCCAGCCCGUGUCUGAACGGCGGCAAGUGUGUGGACGGCGUGGCCAGCUUCACCUGCGUGUGCGAACUGCCCUACAGUGGGCCCACCUGCGCCGAGGUGCUGACCCCCUGCUCCCCCAACCCCUGCUCCAACCACGCCCAGUGCGUCCACACGCCCGACUAUCUGGGAUACCAGUGCAACUGCGAGGUCGGAUGGCAAGGCCAACUGUGCAACGUGGACAUAAACGAGUGUAACCUCAGCCCCUGUAAGAACCGCGGCACCUGCACCAACACCCUGGGAGGCUACGUCUGCUCCUGCAGAGCUGGCUACACCGGGCUCAACUGUGAGACCGACAUCAACGACUGCUCACCGAACCCCUGUCUGAACGGAGGCUCCUGCUCGGACGGCAUCAAUAGCUUCCAGUGCACCUGCCUGCCUGGCUUCACGGGACCGCGCUGCGCAGUGGAGGUCAAUGAGUGCCAGAGUGCCCCCUGCAGGAAUGGAGGCACCUGCACCGACUACGUCAACAGCUACACCUGCACCUGCAAACCCGGCUACACCGGCAUCCACUGCGAGACCAACAUCCCCGACUGCACAGAGAGCUCCUGUUUCAACGGAGGCACCUGCACGGACAAGAUCAACGGCUACACCUGCACGUGCCGCCACGGCUUCACGGGCUCGCACUGCCAGUACGAGGUGAACGAGUGCGACUCGCAGCCCUGCCUGAACGGAGGCCUGUGCCAGGACGCCCUCGAGUCCUUCCGCUGCUCCUGCCCCAAGGGAUACACCGGCAACCGCUGCCAGAUGCCUGUGGACUGGUGCCGUCGCUCCAACCCGUGCCAGAACGGCGGCCGCUGCCGCCAGAAGGACUCCACCUUCACCUGCGAGUGCUCGGGUGGCUGGUCCGGACGCUACUGCGACAUCCCAGGCGUCUCCUGCGAGGUGGCUGCAGCCAAGAGAGGCUACCAGACAGACGAGCUGUGUAACCACGGCGGGCACUGUGUCAACACGGGCAACACCCACUACUGCAAGUGCCCCACCGACUACACGGGCAGCUACUGCGAGAGCCAGGUGGACCACUGCGAGGACAAGCCCUGCCGAAACGGCGCCACCUGCAGGGGAUACGUGGGAGGAUACACCUGCGACUGCAUGCCAGGUUACCAUGGUACCAACUGUGAGCUGGAGAUCAAUGAGUGCCAGUCUCACCCGUGCCAGAACGGGGGCACCUGUAUCGACCUGGUCGGACACUACAUCUGCUCAUGCCCACCUGGCACUCUGGGUGUGCUGUGUGAGAUUAAUGAAGACGACUGCUCCACGCCGGCCCGGCCCCGUGGCACGCCCAAGUGCAUGAACAACGGCACCUGCGUGGACCGCGUGGGCGGCUACAAGUGCAACUGUCCUCCCGGCUUCACCGGCGACCGCUGCGAGGGGGACAUCAACGAGUGCCUGUCCAACCCCUGCAACCCCGGCAACAGCCUGGACUGCAUCCAGCUGCCCAAUGACUACCUGUGCGUCUGCAAGCCUGGCUACACCGGUCGUCGUUGCCAGAACCGCUUCAGUGUGUGCGAGUCUCAGCCGUGUCAGAACGGAGGAGCCUGCUCCGUAUCCAGCAGCAUGCCUCUAGGCUACGCCUGCACCUGUCAACUGGGCUACACGGGUGCCAACUGCGAGCGCAGCAUGUCGUGCCGCGAGCUCUCCUGCUACAACGGCGGCAGCUGCACGCCCACCUCCCGCGGCGCCCGCUGCACGUGCCAGCAGGGCUACGCGGGCCCCCAGUGCCAGCACCGCAGCAACGAGGGCUGCUCAGUCCAGCCCUGCCGCAACGGCGGCCUGUGCACAGAGGAGACCUCCUUCCCCUACUUCCAGUGCCAGUGCCUGAGCGGCUACACUGGCAAGCGCUGCGAGCAGCAGGCCCGCGCCCUGCCCGACCCGCUGCCGCUGCCGCCCUCCUGCCCGCUGGCCGACUGCCCCGGCAAGGCCAACGACGGCGUGUGCGACAAGGAGUGCAACACGCUGGACUGCCGCUGGGACGGCGGCGACUGCUCGCUGGCCGUCAACCCCUGGGCCAACUGCCACGACCCGCGCUGCUGGAGGGUGUUCAACAACAGCCAGUGCGACGAGAGCUGCGACAACAAGGACUGCCUCUUUGACAACUUCGACUGCCGCAACAAGGAGAAGGUUUGCAACCCGAUCUACGAGGCGUACUGCAUCGACCACUACGCGGACGGCCGCUGCGACCAGGGCUGCAACUCGGAGGAGUGUGGCUGGGACGGCCUGGACUGCGCGCCGCAGCUGCCGGAGGACCUGGCCGACGGGCUGCUGGUGGUGACGGUGCUGCUGCCCCCCGAGGAGCUCCUGCGCACCAGCACCGCCUUCCUGCAGAAGCUCAGCGCCAUCCUGCGCACCAGCCUGCGCUUCCGCCUGGACCAGAACGGCGAGGCCAUGAUCCGGCCCUUCAUGCGCCGCGCCGCCCGCCUCAAGAGGGAGCUGCAGUCUCAGAUGGAGAUCAUCGGGUCCAUCGUGCACCUGGAGAUUGACAACCGCCUGUGCAGCCAGAACAGCGGCGAAUGCUUCCCCUCGGCCGAGUCGGCAGCGGAGUACCUGGGAGGCCUGGCUGCCACCGACCAGCUGCGCUUCCCCUACCCUCUCCAGGCCGUCAGCAGUGAGCCCAUGCCGGGGCCCACGCCCAUGUUCGAGCUGAGCAAGCUGAUGCUGGUGGGAGUGGCGGCCCUCUUCCUGCUCAUCAUCCUGGUACUGGGCAUGCUCAUCGCGCGCCGCAAGCGGGAGCACAGCACGCUCUGGUUCCCCGAGGGCUUCUUCCUCAAGAAGGAGACCAGCAGCAACAAGAACCGCCGCGAGCCGGUCGGACAGGACGCCCUGGGCAUGAAGCACAUGCCCAAGACGGUGGAGGAGUCUCUUCUGGGAGACCACAGUGACCAGUGGAUAGACACAGACUGCCCCGAGGCCAAGAGACUGAAGGUGGAGGAGCCCAGCAUGAUUUCCGACAUGGAGGAUGCGGUGGACUCCCGACAAUGGACACAGCACCACCUGGCAGCCGCUGACAUCCGCAUGCACCCCACCAUGGCACUCACGCCCCCGCAGGGAGAGUUCGACCACGACAGCAUGGACGUCAACGUCCGCGGACCCGACGGCUUCACUCCCCUCAUGUUGGCGUCCUUCUGCGGCGGAGGCCUGGAGCCCGAGAUUGCCGAGGACGAGGAAGAGGAGUCUUCCGCCAACAUCAUCUCUGACCUCAUCUACCAGGGCGCCUCUCUGGCGGCGCAGACCGACCGCACUGGGGAGACGGCCCUGCACCUAUCGGCCCGCUACGCACGAGCCGACGCGGCCAAGAGGCUUCUGGACGCCGGGGCUGACGCCAACGCGCAGGACAACACCGGACGCACGCCACUGCACGCAGCCGUCGCCGCAGAUGCCCAAGGAGUCUUCCAGAUCCUGAUCCGUAACCGUGCCACUGACCUGGAUGCCCGCAUGUACGACGGCUCCACGGCCCUCAUCCUGGCCGCCCGCCUGGCAGUGGAGGGCAUGGUGGAGGAGCUCAUCACCUGCCACGCAGACGUCAACGCUGUCGACGAAAUCGGUAAAUCUGCUCUGCACUGGGCCGCUGCCGUCAAUAAUGUGGAGGCCACUGUUGCCUUGCUGAAGAACGGAGCCAACAAGGACAUGCAAGACCUGAAGGAGGAGACCCCGUUGUUCCUGGCGGCGCGCGAGGGCAGCUGCGAGGCCGUGAAGGUGCUGCUGGCCCACUUCGCCAACCGCGAGAUCACCGACCACAUGGACCGGCUGCCGCGCGACAUCGCCCAGGACCGCAUGCACCAUGACAUCGUGCAGCUGCUGGACGAGUACAACACGGUGCGCAGCCCCCAGGGCCACGCUGCCGCCAGCGCCGCCGCACAUCACCUGGUGGCCGCCGCCGCAGCCGCCGGCCACACGCUCUCGCCCCUCAUGUGCCCGCCGAGCAGCUUCCUGCCCGGCCUGAAGACCACGCCGCAGGGCAAGAAGAACAGGAGACCCGGCGCCAAGGGCUCGGGCGGGCUGGGAGGAGGGCAGCACGGCGGCAUGGGUCUGAAGGACUCGGCCAAGGUGCGCAACAAGAAGCUGACGCUGGACAUGCAGAGCGCGCUGCUGGAGAGCUCGGUCACGCUCUCGCCCGUCGACUCGCUGGACUCGCCGCACGGCGGCGCCAGCAACGCCGGCUACAUGACCAACCCCACCUCACCGGCCGCCAUGCCCUCGCCCGGCCUCUUCCACUCCUCCAUGUCCGUGCCCAGCACCCCCAUGGUGCACCCCGGCCUGCCCGACGGCGGCGGGCCCUUCGCCAUCUCCCUGGCGCAGCUCAACGAGCUGGGCGCCGCCGGCGGCUCCGACCCGGGGCUCUCCAUGCACGGGCGCAUCAGCAUGGCGCAGGCCAACGCCGCGCACGGCUACGUGCUGAGCACCGGCCAGCUCGGCAUGGGCAUGGGCAUGGUGAACCCCGUCAGCGUGCCCUUCGACUGGCACAGCCGCAUGCCGCCCUCCUCGCAGUGCGGCCCCGUGUUGAGCAUGGUGCACCCGGCCACCAGCCAGGCCGGCCUGAUGCCCCAGACGCCCAGCGGCAUGCCACAGGGAGGCCUGCUCAUGCACCAGCAGAUGUUCCGCGCCGCCGCCGUGGGCCAGCCCAUGCUGCAGCCCACGCCCAUCUGCUCCACCCCCACCAUCAGCCCCGUCAAGCUGGCCUCCAUCGCCGAGCAGCAGCAGCAGCAGCAGCCCACACCGCAGCAGCUCCACAGCCACGCCCUGGCGCGCAUGGGCAACUCCACCCCGCCCACACCGCAGCAGGCGCAGCCCCCGCCCCCCGCCUUCUACCAGCCCACUCCUCAGCAGCCGCAGCAGGUGGUCCCUCAGCCGUCUCAGGCGGCGGCGGCAGCGGUGGCGGCGGCGUCCGCAGCAGCAGCAGCGGCGGCGGCAGUAGCGGCAGUGCAGCCUCCCCAGCCUCAGGCCUCUCAGCCGGGGGGUAGCGGCGGCAGCAGCAGUAGCGGCACGGGGCUGGAGGAUUACCCCACCCCUCCCUCGCAGCACAGCUACACCUCCGCCAUGGAUGCCACCCCCAAGCAUUACUUGCAUCUGCCCAGCGAGCACCCCUACCUGACCCCCUCGCCCGAGUCCCCCGAGCCCUGGUCCAGCCCCUCUCCGCAGUGCGUGUCCGACUGGUCCGAGUCCACUCCCAGCCCGGCCGUGUCGGGGCCCGCCCAGACCCAGAUCCCCCACGUCUCAGAGUCUAACGGCAAGAUGCAGGUGUUUGCGUAAAAGAAACCCCCGUCGUCUUCGCCAUCCAUCAACUUCCAUACAUUCCCAACUCCCUUGUAUCCCACCCAUGACCCCUCCAGUCCCCCCUCUCCUACGUCGUCUCCUCCUUAUCGAAAAAGGGUAAGAGCCAAUGGGGACAGAGAUAUGAGCUCUCGUUCCGGCUCUUGGUUUCAUGUUUUUUAUGGGUCAGCCAGUUUCCAAGAUUUUGAAUUGGAUCCGGAUUGACUGUGUUGCGUCAAGAGAACCGUCUGCCGAUGUUGUUGCAGAGAAGACAAAAAAAGUAAAGGGAAAAAUUGUUGUUGUCUUAAAAGAAAAGACAAUAUAAUGAAGUAAGACUUAUUCUGUCUCAGAUGGACUUGUUUUUUUAUUAUAAAAAAAGAAGUAUAUGAAGAAAGCCACGUCUUUUAUUUCAAAGACUUGGAGGAUGCCUGAAACUAACAAACUUUUUAAGUAGAUUAUGAGAAUGAGAAAAGCAAAUGUUGAAGGAAAUUCCUUACUUUUUUAUUUAUUGUUUUCCUGUGUUUCUCCUUUUAAAGAAAAAGAAACUGCCUCGUGGGGCAAUCUCUCCCUUGCUCUCUGGUCCCAGUCAGGCGUUCACUCCUUCCGCCAAACCUGUUCCUCUCCACAAGCGCUAUGAUGGUUCAUGUUUAUCAUGUUAGGCUAAAGAACAAACAUAAUGAUCAAGAACAGGACAUUGUCCUUAUUCAGGCAGAUUACUCCUUAUUAUUGCAGAUGUGUUCUGUACUCACAUUUCAGAACCAUUUUCAGUUAGUAUUAUCAUUGUAUUUGUCAGUACUUUUUUUGUUUGCAAAUUGUGGAGCUUACUAACUCAACAAGUUGCCAGUGUAGUUCACUUGUGACAUUUGACUGGCUUGAGCAAACGGAUCACAAUUAUCCCGCAUUUUUUUAUUUCCGUUGAAUUUGGCAGAAGCAGGCUAGGUGUAAGGUGGCCUUGGGUCAUAGACUGGGAGGACGCACUCACUAUUUGUUAUUUAUUUAGGCUGUAAAAAUAAUUGGCACUGUGAACAAACUACUCUAGCUUAAAGUCACUGAUUACAAAUUAUUUUUCGACAAAAAUCAUUAGUUUUGAAAUGUAUUUCUCUAGAUAUGUAUUACCUGUAAGAAUGUAUAGGGGCAUCUCGUAAGCACUUCUUGGGACGAACAUGAGGGCGGCGAUGGUGAGCUUUGCCCUCUGUUCUUGCAGUAAUACCACUGGCCACUUACAUAUGCUACAGGUCAGUCACAAGAGGAAACGCCAAGGGUGAUUGAGAGAUCUUUUUUUUUCUGCCAAUUCGAAAUCAGCCAGUCACUGCCUGUUAUAGAUGUUUUUUUUCCUUCCUAUUUUUUUGUUUUGUUUAUUUUUAUGGUCAUUUUGUUUUCUCUUUUUACUGAAAUAUGGUUACCUUUAAUGAACAUUUGACAAGAUGUACUAAGCUAUUUUUUUAUUGGCUGCUGCUCGCUGUCACUGUAAAGCGUGACACCUGUGUGUCUUCUGAAAACAUUCCUGCUUCUUUCACCUCCUCCUCCUCCUCUUCCUCUUCCUUCACAAACCCCCACCUACCUACACCCAUCCACUCAAUGUGGAGCUGCAGUGUCUGCUGCUACCCAGACCCGCACUGUGCCUGACCUCCACCCACCCACCAGCCCAACAUGGCUAAACCCAACCCAGCCCAACCUAGCUAACCCCAGCCCAGCCCAGCCCAACAUGACUAAACCCCAGCCUUAUGCUAUCCUAUUCACCUCCACCGAGGCUCUCUCUAGCCUCUCUACCACAAGCUCAACAGGUGUGACGUCAAAUGCCUCAUCGUUUAGCCCCAACAUUCAUUGUACCUUAAAAACCACUGAGGGUUCAGCACCUAGGCGUCGUGCCUCAACUGGCAACUUUUACCCUUGACGUAGUUGUCCACAGCCAUGUUUUACGUAGCUUUGGCAGGUGGAAUAUGAGUGGCCAUGAUUAUUGAUUGAUGGGAGGUUUUACCCAGUGCCCAGGCAGGGGAGGGGAGGGCCGUAGCUGCUAUAGCCCUGUCACUCCUCAGGGAGGCGUUUUAAGGCAUGCAGGGAGCAGAGGGAGAGAGAGAGAGUCUGUCUGCCCUCCUUCGCCCUGCAUCUUUAGCAGAGCUUCACCCUCCCCCCCACACCUCCUCCUCCUCCUCCUCUUCCUCCUCCUCCUCCACCACCUCCUCAAUGGCCACCAAGCGGAGGGUGGAUGUCUGUGCAUGUGUCAGCCAGUACGAUAGUAACCCUGGAUCCAUUCCUAAGGCAGGAACACUGCUAUGUAGUGAUGUCCUUCCCGGAUGAAAUAAGUGAAAAUCAAAGAAUAAUAAUGAUGAUUUUUAGGCAUUCUCCUCUCCCAAAGAUUUAAUUUUCUUGCCCUCCCCCUUCCACUCCCCUCCCCUUCCCCAAGUAUUACAUUGGUAGAACAACCAUUCUGGGUCAUCAGUCACUUUUUUUCUGUUUUCUGUAUUUCCGGGGCACUGAAUUACAUGGUGGUCUUUAUUGUUUUGUUUUGUUUUUGUUUGUUUGUUUUUUACAAUUGCAUUUCAAUUGCAUUAUUUUUUUUCAAUUGCAUUUCUCUUUUUUUGUUUCAUGUCAUACCCAUCACGACAUUUCAGUCUCGUAUAUCUGAACAUUUCAUCAUCAAGCCUAUUAUCUACCUGUAAAUAUGUUUGUUUUAUUUAGAUUUACUUGUUUAAGAGUCUUAUGUUUAAAUGAUUAUGUACUAAAAUGAUUAUCUUUUUUUCAGUUAGCCUUAUUGUUGAGAACCUGAGAGGACUGAUUUUUGUUAUUGGUCUCGUUUUAUUAGAUCGGAGUAGUCAUUUUCUGUUUCAUUAUUAAUUUCUAUACUUGUUUAAGAGUAGUUUUUUACAAAAAAAGAAAUAUCGCUGUAUAUAAACACCUUUUCACAUUGUUUCUCUCUACAAAGGUUGUAAAAUAAGGUACUUCUAAUAAAAACAGUAGGGAUGUA